GGUAGCUAUAGGUACCUUAGUACCUCAGCACCCGUAGGACAGAUCUAGUAACACAUCAACCUCGACCAGACCGCACCUCGCGCCCGACCUCGCUACACCCGACACCAUUCGCAGCUAUCUUCCGAUUGGGCUCCGUAUCUGUUGCAAGCUCGUAUUUCAACCCCCGGCGCCACGUUAUCAGCAGACAGGCUCGCUGAGGUUCCAAUGCAUCGGAUCCAUUAGCAAGUAGAAGCCCGCGUCCGCCUAGUCCGCUACUCUCAUACGACUCGUCACACUUGAGGGAGCAGGGCGAGCCAUGUCCCUCUCCGACUCCUUCACAAUCCCCGACGUCCCGGGCGUCGAUGACGACGACAACGACGAUGUCGACUCCCUACCCUCCACGUCCACCGAGAGCUUCGUAUCCGAGGACGGUUACGACGCCCAGCGCGAGUGGGAGCAGAGCCUUGAACAGGUUCAGCUACUCCUCACCAUGAUCCUCGUCCCCUUCGCCGGCAAGUAUCUCGGCCGCAAGUUUGCCUACUGGAGCUGGGCGCGGUACAUGGAAUGGAUGCACAACGUGGAGAUAAGAUGGACGAACAAGACAGCAUUUAAGGCCGCCGGCGCCGCGGGGGCAGCGGCGACUCUGUGAAGAGACACACCAGCCACGGCUACCCAACAAGCCUGCACAUAUUGCCUACCUUGGCUUGCGUU